UGUUGGACACAGUUCUGUGGUUGUGAGAGCCAGUGGGCGGGCUGUUCCCGAGACUCCUUCCCCACCUACCCCGACUCCCUUCCCCUCCUACCUUCCGUCACUCCGCCCAAAACGGCCUCCAGUCUACGAUGGAGCGUCAGACAUAGCACACAGGACACACACUCACCCUUUUUCUGUCGAAACUUUCUUCACACAUGGAGACCUUUUUCCUGCUGGUUCACCUCCCAAUGUGCUGUAAAACCAACAGACCUCGUUCAAGAAUGAAAAUAAAAUGUGGCUGCUCCAUACAUAGAUUGAGACACAUGUGCUUCCUGUUUCUUGUGUCUCUGUUGGCAACGUGUUUCCUGAAGCUGGUCUACCUCAAAGUGACAGUGGGGGAGAGCAUCUACAUUGACUCGCAUGGAGUUACCGGCAGGCUACCUGGAAUUCACAGCCACACGUAUGAUGUCAACUGCACUGCUAUCUAUGAGCUUGACCCAGUGGAAAUAGGCAAAGCUCUUGAGAUCAAACAAAAAGUUCUUGUUCCAGUGGAUGAUGAAAGCACCGUGAGUCUGACCUCAGACUGUCCAGCUUUUAUGAAAACAAGACAUUAUAAUGGUGUUCUGAUUUCGGAGCUGGAGCACAACUUUCCGCUGGCUUACUCCCUGGUGGUACAUAAAAAUGCACCCAUGGUGGAGCGCAUUCUUCAUGCCAUCUAUGCACCACAGAACAUCUACUGCAUUCACUAUGACCAAAAGUCUUCUCCGGCAUUUAUUAAGGCCAUGGAGAACCUAGCCCGUUGUGUGCCAAGUGUGUUCAUUGCCUCAAAACUGGAGUCGGUUAAAUAUGCCCAUGUCAGCAGGCUCAACGCCGAUCUCAACUGCCUCUCUGACCUCCUGCGGUCAGAGGUCAAGUGGAAAUAUGUGAUCAAUCUCUGUGGCCAAGACUUUCCUCUCAAGUCCAACAAUGAACUAGUCAGGGAGCUUAGGCAGCUGAAUGGCAGUAACAUGCUUGAGUCAAGUCGCCCCAGCGAACUAAAGAAACAACGCUUCAACUUUCAUCAUGAGCUAAAGACUGUGCCGCAUGAGUACCACAGUAUUCCCGUCAAAACCGCAAUUGCCAAAGAUGUUCCGCCACAUGGAAUCAUGGUGUUCAUUGGGAGUGCAUAUUUUGUCCUCUCGCGCCAGUUUGUGAAUUACAUAAGCAGCAGCAAAGUGGCGAUGGACUUUCUGGCGUGGUCGGCAGACACUUACUCACCAGAUGAACACUUCUGGGCCACCCUUGUCAGGAUGCCAGGAGUACCAGGGCACAUUGCCAGGUCAGAACCAGACAUAACAGACUUAAAGAGUAAGACACGACUUGUUAAAUGGAGCUAUUUAGAAGGACACUUAUAUCCACCCUGCACAGGUACACAUGUGAGAAGUGUUUGCAUCUAUGGAGCUGCAGAACUUCGCUGGCUCCUCAACGAUGGUCACUGGUUUGCUAACAAAUUUGACCCGAAAGUUGACCCCAUCUUGAUCAGUUGUUUGGAGGAGAAGCUGAUGGAACUGCGGCACUACGACGCAUAAAAAAAAUUAUACAGAACUUUAGAGCUUGGAAACAUGCCGUGAGCUUUUCAAACCUAUGUAACUAUAAAAUGUACCGGUACUUGUCAUUAAGAUAUCCUAAGAUAUCCAUAUCUGACAAGUCAUUGUCAUGUCUUGUCAGAUGUUGCAAAAAUGAAAAGUUUCGAUUGCAACUUUCUGUGUGUACUUCUGCACCCGUUUUGGCAGUAAAAAACAUGCAAUUGGGUCACAUUCGGUAUAAUAUUGAACUCUUAAUCUCUGAACGAGAAAAAAAAAUUGCCAUAUCCGUGUUCUGUUGAUCGAUAGAAAGAGUUUGCACAAAUUGUAUAUGCAAACGUUUUCAGCAUUAGAUUAUUGUUGAUUUUCUCUACAAGGAAGAUUUUCACUGCAAUAUUGCAUUCUAUACAGUGUACAGUUCUUUUUCUGAAACAUUUAUUUAUUUUGUGCAUGCAACACUUUGUUUUUUUCUUUUCUAUCCCCCCCCCCCAAUUUUGCUGCUGUAGACUGCAGUGUGGGACAAAAAAAGGUUAUCUUAUCUUAUCUUUUCUUUUCUUUUCUUUUCUUCUAAGCGCCACAUACAGAAAAAUCGGAGGAUGGAAGCUCCGCUUUGAUGUUAGUUAAUUUCAAUAUUUUUAUAUGCUAAAAAAAAUCCAGCAGUGUCGGUAAGAUUUGCAAAACAAGUAUAUUUUGUAUUUGUGUAAAAAAAAAAAAAAAAAAAAGAA